AUAUUUACGUUUUAGUCCCCGUCUAUAUAUUCCCCUAGCCCACCUGACUUUCUUCCGUAGUCCGUUUGACUGGUAGCUUUAAAAAAACUCCUUUCCCUCCCUUACUCCAUCUCCUUUCUCUCUAUAGCCAGAGUCCUAAAUCAUUCUAUACUCUAUGGACCAUGGAAACCACAGAAGAUCCCUCGUCGGAAAUCCCAUUCAACGGUCCAGAUUCUUCCAUCGUUCUACCAAACUCCGAUCAUCAUCUCCUUGCCCAACUUGAAUCUAUCCGCCAAUCCUACCAUGCUCUCCAAUCAAAAUCUUCAUCCAUGGAGGAGAAUCUGCGUCUCCUCCAGCCCCAAAGAGACGAAGCAAUUGAUCAAAGCACCAAGUUAAUGGAAAAGGUCCACGACUUGUCCCUCGAGCGGGACUUUCUCCGUCACCAAAUCGAGGAAUUCGAAGUAACUUUAAAAGAAAACGAAGAAGGUUUCGCGAAAAAGAUCGAUGAGGAAUCAAAGGCAAAAUUAGAACUCGAGAAAGAGCUGGAGGUUUCCAGAGGGAGAAUCAAAGAGUUAGAAUCCGGAAGGAAGGCUAGAAAUGAGGUAAUUGAGAAAAGCUCGGAUUCAAUCCGGUCAGUGAAGGACAUUUUGGUCAAAUUUAUCGAAACUUUGGAUGAUGAAAAGGAAGUGAUCGAGAAUGUUGGUAGCGAAAGCGAGAAAUUGGAAUUAGAAGAGGAAGAAUUGAGGAUUUUUCCUACAGAAAUUACCACGGUUUUGAAACUUGCGGGUGAAGCUAACUCAAAACUAAAUGAGUUCAAGGAAGGAAGAAAGAAGGAGAAAAGAGAACUGGAGAACAGCGUGGUGAGUUUAACGGAGGAGAAUCGCGAUAUCAAUAGCCUGUUGAGGAUUGCUUUGGUAGAGAAAGAGGCAGUGGAGAGGAAUUUGAAUAAGUUAAAAGGGAACAAUGAGCAAAAGAGAGUGGCAUUGUUGCAGAUUGCUGAGAGGGGGUUGCAGAGAGUCGGUUUUGGGUUUAUGAUGGGAAGUGGAACUAAUGAACAAGCGAUGGAGAGUUCAGGAGCUAUUACUACUACUACUACUGCUGCUGCUGCUGCUAGUACGACGGGGAGUAAAUCGGAUAGCAGUGAGUGUGAAGAGGAGGAUGUUAGCCUGGCCUCGAUGAUGGAGAGGAUAAUGAAGAAUUUAAGACUUGAAAUUUCUCAAUUACGAAGAUCUUUGGACGAAUCUAGGUCAGACACUGAGAGACUGCAGAGUCUUACAGAGAAACAAGCUCAAAAAAUUGAAGAAAACACACUGUACAUUAAAGAAUUGGAAGACAGGGAGAGGAUUUUAGCUCAAAAUGUUGAGGAUCUCCUGAUGGAAAUAAAAGAAACUGAAGCAGAGGUUGCUAGAUGGAGGGAAGCAUGUGAGUUGGAAGUAGAAGCUGGAAAAAAAGAGGUUGAAGAACGUGACAAAGUGGUUGUCAUUUUGAAGCAAGAGUUGGAGAAAACAAAGGCAACUCUGGAAAUAUCCAAUGGCAAGCUAAAGAUGAAAGAAGAACUUGCGGCUGCUGCUAUGGCUGCCCAGGCAGCUGCAGAGAGAUCUCUGCAGCUGGCUGACAGCAGGGCUGCAGGACUUCGUGAGCGAAUUGAGGAGAUGACAAAACAAUUAGAAGAAGCAGAAAGCAGAGAGAGGAAUCGACGUAAGGUGAGGCACAUAUGUUGGCCAUGGCAUGCCUUGAAAAUGACUAUCGCUACCAACACAAAUAAUAGAGUCCAGGAUGUCAAACGAAUGCUACCAGAAAUGCAGGCCUUGCUUCCUCAUAACAUGUGAUGUAGAGUUGUAGAUG